AUUGUGGUGUCGAGCUCAUUGCACUUCUUGGCUACAUAGUCUUUACUGUCAUAUUAGGAUCACAUUCAUCUUUGGGUUUCUAUUGUUUCGACAAAAAACUUCCAAUUCACCAUGGCAUUUUCACACUGCACUGCUACCCGCAUUGUGAUUUUUUCUAUAGCCGCACUCUUUAUUGGUGUGCUUACAUUCUCUACCAUUGAUCCACCCAAACCACAAGGGAAAAAAAGUCGCAAAAAGAACAAGAAAUCCAAUGUAUCGUCUUUGGACGAACAAGAAAACAAGCCCGUUUUGUCGUCUGCCACAAAACCCGAAAAGUUGAGCAGGGCUAAAGAGUCGGCUGUACCUGAUUCCGGCUACGUUACACCACAACUGGGUGCUAGUAGCAAUCAAGACCUUGCCAUAAAUUCUUUGAGUGACUCUACUGCUUUUAGUGCUGAUUUGUUAGACUCGGAUGAUCUUGUUGACAUGAUGCAGCCAUAUAAGCUGCCAUUGGAAAAUAUUGCACUUGCUGAUACAAAAGAGUCGAAAAGCAACUCUGUUUUCUUUACAGCAGACUUGUCUAAUAAUGACAUCAAAGCAGUCUCGAUUAAAUCACCCAAACUCGAGCCAAAUGCUACAUCCGAGGGAAUUCUUUUUCCACAAAUGACAGAAGAUCAACACGAUACAAAAUACUCCUACGAUCUAGAGCACCCCAGCUAUUCUGACGCUAUAUUCAUCAAUAAUAAUGACAUUGAUAUCAUAAGUGAUGAAUUAGAGGCAUAUGUACCCAAUGGCAUGCCUUCAGCACAAGAAACUCUCGAGUCAGUACUUGAAGUCAUGGGGGCUGAUCCCGAUAAAAGACGUGAACUUGCUGAAAUAUUACAGCAGCUCAGCUCAUAUGAUCAAGACGAAUAUUCUGGUACAAUCACAAUCAAAGCAGAUCAAUCCAAAGCAGACUUGCAAUCGCAAAUACUAGAUAUAGGUUUGGAAACAUCGAUUGCAAUAGAGUCCUAUAGCCAAAACCAAGCAUCCCCUUUAUCGCCUAUUAUGGAAGAAAAGGAAGAGGAUGCCGUUUUGCAGGAACAUUUGCACAAUAAUCUGCACAUUCCUAAUGGAGUUUCAGAAAAACUUGAGCAGAGUACCGCUAUUGCAUCACAGGAUGUUAAAGACACUUGCACAAAUCUGAACAAGACUGUCUGUAUGGACAAUAAUGAAUCGUAUGAUACUAAUUCCAAGGAGCUAAAAAAGGUCGACGUAUCGACUACUUUAUGCCCUGAAUUGGACGUAGCUAAUGGUUUGGUUGAUACGAGUGCUGAUUUCGAAUUGACUGAAAAGGCUGCUCUUGUUGAAUUUCCUGUAAAAGCUCUAAAUUCAGUCACACUGACAAAGAUUGCCUUGGACAGUCCUAUGAGCGUUGUUUUAUCUGUAAAGAAUACCGAUUUACAGAAAACAGACCACAGUGCUAGUCUAGAAUCCCCACGAUCACCUUUUGUAGAGAGUUUUAUCUCAUCUACACCUUCUGUUUGGGCUCCAGUUGACAAGGAGCUUACCUCGAAACCUCGGCAGAGUGCAUCACUGGUUUCUAAUCAGAAGCAUCACCCGUCUUCUCGGUCUUCAAAGGAAUUUUCUACUACAGCUUCAUUUAAUUUGGCUGCUCCUGAAUUUGUUCCUAAUUUUUCAUUUGAAGACAGCCAUACAUCGAAUAUCAAAACUGCCAAUUCCAAUCCAACUCCUCAGGUAUUUAAUGGCUUUAAUAUAAAUUGUGAAAGCUUUUAUCCUGCAGGAUACGAGGCAAAUAUCGAUCAGAAACCAAGCCAGGUAAACUUUGAGCAAUCAUUGUCGCCACUACGUCACGCCAGUUCAUUUCCAUACGUGCUUGCCGAGCCAUUCGAUGCCAUAAAUACGCACGAUUCAAACUUUGACACUGCUAUCAAGCCAACCACCGUUCCAUCUUCAACUUCUGUUGAUUACUUUGCUCAAAAUAUGCUUGAUUCAAUUUUUCAUGAGACCAAAGAUACCAACCGUCAGAAAAAUACACCUUUUUAUCAGCAAAAAAGUACCAGUGCACAUCAAUAUGCGUUUUUCCCUGAAAAGACCAGCCAUACUUUCCCAUCUUCCAAAUCCACCUCACAACUCCUGGCCCAGUCCAAAAUCGAUUCCCCAAAGCGUGGAUUGGCCUCUAACAAGAUCAAUCGGAUAAAGUGCAAAUUCGGGGAUUCUUGCCACAAGAAAGACCAUGAUUGCGCAUACUUUCAUCCAAAGGAGAAAUGCACAUUUUAUCCAAAUUGCAAAUAUGAUCAAGAAUGCACAUUUAUUCAUCCAUCUCAGUAAAAUAAUCAUUGCUUUGUUUUACCCAUUCCGACUACUUGUCUGUUAACAAACCAUCUUUUCAGUCCAAUAAAAUUGAUUUUUGCCAGCUUUC